AUGGCCUCCUACGAGAAGCAGCAGCCGCCGCCCCCGCCGCCGCCCGCGAACGCGGCGCCCUACUACGCGUACCCGGCCCCGCAGCAGCCGUACUACGCGCCCCAGCCUCCCCCUCCGCCCGCCCCGCGCCGGAGCGGCCCCGGCUGCCUCCUGUGCUUCGUCUUCAAGGUCAUCGCCCUGGUCGUCAUCGCGCUGGGCGCCGCCGUCCUCGUGCUCUGGCUCAUCCUGCGCCCGGGCGCCGUCAGGGCCACCGCCGUCUCCGCCACGCUCUCCCGCUUCGACCUCGCCGAAGGAGUCCGCGCCGGCGAGGGGGUCCUCCAGUACAACCUCACCGUGGACGUCCGCGUCCGCAACCCCAACCGCUUCCGCAUCCACUACGAGUACGCCGAGGCGCAGGCGUCCUACGACGGCGAGCGCUUCGGGUACCACCCCGUCCAGCCCUUCUACCUGGAGCGGAAGGGCGAGCGCACCGUCACGGCCGCGUUCGCCGGCUCGUCGGCCGUCGACGACCGCGGCGCGCUGCGCUCGUACCGGAGGGAGAGGGGCGACGGCUUCUACUACGUCAAGGUGAGGCUCUACGCCGACCUCGGGUUCAAGGUCAGGGUCUUCAACGCGCGCCGCAAGAGCAAGAUCACCUGCACGCUCCGCCUGCCGGUGCCCAACGCGAGCGCGGCGCCGGUGCCGACGAUGCUGGGGACGAGGUGCGCCGUGGACUUCUGA